AACUAUGCGAUUUUGGGAUGUUGAGCGGGGUCUCUGCUUAUCUGCUAUAUUAUUAAACCAUAUGGCAGAAGAAGUAGAUUUUUUGCCAAAGAAAUGGGUAGUUGCUGUAUCCUUUCGGAUGGAGUUCGUUCACGUGUAUAAUCUUCGUGAAGGAAAUUCCAAAGUGGUGCUCGCAAGUCCUAAACGAGUUCCACUUAAUUGUGUGAAUAUAGGAGAAGAAAUCUUAAUUUCUGGUUCGGACGAUGGUAUAAUUAACGUUUGGGACUGGCGUUCUACCAAAUUGUUAACAUAUUUUGAGACUCGGGGUGGGGUACUUUACGUGAAAGUCGUUAAUUCAAAUACUAUAGUUUCACUUCAUAACGAUGGCAUUAUUCAAGUGUUUUCCGUGACACAAAACAAGGUUAUACAGCAAUAUUCGUUUCUUCCAAUGGUUUUUGAUGACAUAUUGCAUAGUGCGGCCAUUAACAGAGAAUGGAUUCUAUGUGCCACCCAAGACUUUAUUUAUCUUUUAAAGUGGCAAUUCGUACCAGUUACAAUGGAGAUAGAUGUAACAAAACCACCUACUUUCAAUUGGAAAAUGGAUGCACCUGCUGUAGUUCCAUGGUGUGGUUGCCUUGCUGGUAAAGGUCGAUCUGUUUUAAGCAAUUGCUCAUCAACUGGGCCUAUUUGCGUUGUGAAACCUGGUGGUAACGUCAAAUUUUUAACUGAACCUGGUCAAGGUGUCGAUUCUCUUAAGGGUUUUAAAUUGUUAACUUUAACUGAACAACCUACCUUUAUGGAUGUUGACGAUCGUUUUUUAUUGAUUGGAACAAAACAAGGCAAAUUGAUUCGUUGUGGGUUUGAUGAUACACAAUUACCUCUUGUAGAAUAA